CGAGGCAUAAGGUGACCACGCGUCGUUUCGCGGUGGUGCAGGCGCAGGGGCGCGGACGGUUAUCCUGGUGCCAUCCGCACGGCCCACAUUGCGAUACCUAUUUUUGUUUGCACGUGACUGGGAAAAUCGCCUCUCUUCCCUGCACCACCUUCAUCCCUCUUCGGUGCCCUGCUCCAAAAUUUACCGUCCUUCCUGAUCCUGACCGCCCUCCUUCGCUCGCUUCCUCUUUUUUCUCUCCCUUUUUUCCCUCUAAAGGCGCGUCUCGGCUAUGCCUUCCAACGGUCGUACUCUCAACCCCUUCGACUCUCCCGCCGCGUCCUCGAUAGAGCUGUCUGAAAGAGCGUCUGUCAACUCAGACUACUCUGUCAACUCUGAUAUGGGUCUUGCCCCCAACAUGAGCUCCUCUCACGCUGAUGCUUUCCGACAGGCCCACGACGACCAUGUGCACAACUCGCGCAACGGCGUCUUCACUUCCUCGUCGUCGGUUUCGUCCAGGUCCUCGGCCUCCGGCUCCUCCUCGGCCGUCUACGAUCGAUACCCAAGUGAUGCGCGUCUUUCUGUCAACCAGUCGUCCAUAUACGACGCUUCGCGGAACUCGUCGACCUCCGUCGUCUACCCGCACAAUCUAGGCGACCCGACCUCCGUUAACUCGAACGGUCCCGCCGACCCCGACUUUUCUCCCUUUGGCGGCUAUCCGGUUUCAUCUUUCCCGCUUCACAUCGACGAGAAGGAGCCCGACGACUACCUGCACAACCCGGAUCCCAUAUUGGACGCGAAGGACCAUCGCAGCUUCUUUGACUUUGAUGCCAGAGGAGUUUCGAACUUGAUUACUUUGUUUUGUCUUGUCGCGGGUGCUGUGUGUCUCUUCAUCGUCUUGCCAGUGUUGACCUACACCGGAGCCACCGAGCGACACACGGUAACAGUGGUCGACUCGAGCUUAACUUCGUACACCUACGGCACUCUGGGCGCUAUCAGAACCUCGCUCAUCGAUCCUGACACUCCGACGGACGCCUAUACAAGAACAGACAAGAAUGGAAACACGCUCUAUCUCGCGUUCUCUGACGAGUUCAAUCAGGAAGGGCGCACGUUCUACGAAGACGAGGACCAGUUUUGGUAUGCUGCCGAUUUGCACUAUGCAGCCACCGAGGAUCUCGAGUACUACGAUCCCGACGCUGUCACCACGCGCGACGGCGUUCUCGUUCUUCGCAUGGAUGCCUUCAAGAACCACGAUUUGGACUACCGGUCUGGCAUGCUGCAUUCUUGGAACAAGCUCUGCUUCUCUGGCGGUCUUUUUGAAGCUUCAGUCUCGCUGCCUGGUACCGGUGAUAAGCCUGGUUUGUGGCCCGGUGUGUGGACUAUGGGAAAUCUUGGUCGACCUGGAUACUUGGCCACCACUGAUGGAACAUGGCCUUACUCGUACGAAGAGUGUGAUGCGGGUAUCACUCCCAACCAGUCCUCGACCGACGGUAUUUCGUGGUUAUCGGGUCAGCGUCUGAACUCUUGUACCUGCAAGGGAUAUGAGCAUCCUAACCAGGGAACUGGUCGUGCUGCGCCUGAAAUCGAUGCCCUGGAAGGCUCGGUUGCGAGCUACAACACGACCAACAAGGUCGGUGUUGCCUCGCAGUCGUUCCAGAUCGCGCCCUUUGAUCUUUGGUAUCUUGCCGAUUACAGCUACCUCGAGGUUUACAACGACUCGAUCACAUCGAUGAAUACCUGGGCUGGUGGUCCCUACCAGCAGGCUGUUUCCGCCUUCACCACGUUGAACACCGAAUGGUACGGCGGCAAAUCGUACCAGACCUAUGGCUACGAGUACGAUCCGUUCAUCAGCGAUCCCUACAUCCAGUGGCAAGUCGGCGGCGAAGGCACGUUCACUUUGUACUCCAACGCUCUGCGACAAAACGGAAACGUUGGUCGGAGAAUUGUGCCAAAGGAGCCGAUGUCGAUCAUUCUCAACUUUGGUCUCUCCAACUCGUGGAUUUAUAUCGAUUGGCCGGCGCUUUCCUUCCCGAUGGAGAUGUAUAUCGACUAUGUGCGGAUAUAUCAGCGGGAUGAUGGCAAGAGUAGUAUUACCUGCGAUCCGGAUGGAUAUCCUACUACAGAUUACAUUUCAGAUCACCCGAAGGCUUACUUGAAUCAUAACAUGACUAAGUGGUAUCAUGCUGGAUACACAUGGCCGAAGAACACACUCAUGGACGGUUGUUCCAUGUAAUCAAAGAAAGAAAAAAAGAGAGCUUAGGUUUAACUCGGCGGCCAUCGCAAACGAUGGCACCGAUGGUGGUUAACCAGCAGCAACAGUUUUAAAACACGUGGCUCGUUUUGUUUUUGCUCUUAUUCUAAUGUUUUGUUUGAUUUUGUUGAUGUAUUCUAUUUCGAUUGAACGCUUGUUGUUUCGUACAAAGUUCUUGUUUUUAUCUGUAUUUCUUCUUUUGUUUUCUUGUCAUUCUGUCGAUUGUGCAGUUUUGUGUUUGUGUUUUUGCCUCUUUCAUGU